AUGGCUCUGCGUCUCCUCCUGCCACUUUUGCUGCUGGCUGCCACCCUCCUCAUCAUCCAGUCUCAAGGCAUUGGAAGCUCGGCCUCGGACUGCUGCCUGAAGCACAGCCAGAAACCCAUCCCCAGUAGAGUGGUGGUAUCCUACAGCCGCCAGGGACCUGAGACGGGAUGUUUGCUGAAUGCUAUAGUGUUCACCACCAAAAAGAACAGGAAAAUCUGCGCCUCUCCCGACAACCCUGCUGUCCGGAAGCUGGUGCAUUUCCUGAACAAGAAGGCCAAGGACAGGGGCAGACUCAAGCAGCAGGAGCAGCAGCAGGUCUAA